CCCCGCCCCCUCGCGCCGUCACCAGACCCCGCUCCAUUGCCUUGCCGUCACCAGGUCACGCCCCCGUGACGUCAGGCCGCGGUGUCCGCCGGUCAGACCGGGACUCGCUCCUCGCAGAAGAUGGCGGCCACAGCGCCCGGGGGCACCGGGACCCAGCUCCCGCCGCACCGCUCGGCCCCGGCCCGGAUUGGAUACUACGAGAUAGAGAGGACGAUCGGCAAGGGCAACUUUGCGGUGGUGAAGCUGGCCACGCACAUCGUGACACGGGCUAAGGUGGCAAUCAAGAUAAUUGACAAGACCAAACUAGAUGAGGAAAACCUGAAGAAGAUAUUCCGUGAGGUACAGAUCAUGAAGAUGCUUUGUCACCCCCACAUUAUACGUCUGUAUCAGGUGAUGGAGACUGAAAGGAUGAUCUAUCUUGUGACAGAAUAUGCCAGCGGAGGGGAGAUAUUCGAUCACCUGGUGGCCCACGGGCGCAUGGCAGAGAAAGAAGCGCGGAAGAAGUUUAAGCAGAUCAUUGCUGCUGUCCAUUUCUGUCACUGUAGGAAUAUUGUGCACAGAGACCUGAAGGCUGAGAAUUUGCUGCUGGACGCGAACCUCAAUAUCAAGAUUGCAGACUUUGGCUUCAGCAAUCGCUUUACUCCAGGGCAGCUAUUGAAGACUUGGUGUGGUAGUCCUCCUUAUGCAGCCCCAGAACUGUUUGAAGGGAAGGAGUAUGAAGGACCUAAGGUGGACAUCUGGAGUUUGGGAGUGGUCUUGUACGUGCUGGUCUGCGGUGCUCUCCCCUUCGAUGGAAGCACAUUACAAAACCUGCGGGCCAGGGUCUUGAGUGGAAAGUUCCGGAUCCCCUUUUUCAUGUCCACAGAAUGUGAGCAUCUUAUCAGACACAUGCUGGUUCUGGAGCCCACUAGAAGGCUGUCAAUGGAGCAGAUCUGUAAACACAAGUGGAUGUGCCAAGGAGAGCAGGAUCUGGAGUUCGAAAGGUUGAUAGCAGAAUGCACACAUGUGAAGUUGGAAAGGCAAAGGGAGCCUCUGAAUGAGCAAGUGCUACUGACCAUGGUGGAAAUGGGGCUGGACAAAGACCGCACUUUGCAGUCUCUGAGGACAGAUGCUUAUGAUAACUACAGUGCUAUAUACAGUUUGCUGUGCGAACGUCUCAAGCGACACAAAACUCUUCGUCUCCCCAAUCCGCCCGGUGCACCUCGCCCAGUCUAUCCCUCUUCACCGUUACAGGCUGAUAGUGCAAUCAGUAUGAACGUGCCCCAAGUUCAGCUCAUCAAUCCGGAGAAUCAAAUUGUUGAGACUAAUGGCACCAUGAAUCUAGACAGCGAUGAAGGAGAAGAACCGUCUCCGGAAGCUUUGGCGCGGUACCUGUCGAUGAGGAGGCAUACAGUGGGAGUGCCGGACACACACACUGAGGGCGGGACAGAAGAGCUGCAGAAGAUUAUUCCUGGAUUCCCAAGGGUCGCUCCACAGACUCCAUUCCGCCCGGUGACGCAGAACACAAACACUCUCCAUCCCUUGCUACCAAUGCAAAACAUGCCACCCAGCGGCCAUCUUGAGUAUAAGGAACAGUCCCUUCUUCAGCCUCCCACACUUCAGCUUCUGAAUGGCAUGGGACCGCUUGGGCGCAGAGCAUCUGACGGUGGGGCCAACAUCCAGUUACAUGCGCAACAGCUCUUAAAGAGACCACGUGGACCCUCCCCGCUGGUCACUAUGACAACUGCGGUACCUGCGGUUACACCAGUAGAUGAGGAGAGCUCUGAUGGAGAGCCUGAUCAAGAGGCCGUGCAGAGGUAUCUUGCCAACCGCACCAAAAGACACACAUUGGCAAUGACUUGUCCUACAGCCGAGAUUCCUCCAGAACUGCAGCGUCAGCUGGGACAGCAGGCUUAUCGUAACAGAGUGUGGCCGCCACAUCUAGGCCUAGACCCGCAUCGUUCCAUGUACAAAGACUCAAACACGCUACACCUUCCCGCUGAGCGAUUCUCACCAGUGCGCAGGUUCUCUGAUGGCGCUGCCACAAUCCAGGCUUUCAAAGUUCACCUGGAAAAGACAGGACACCAGAAUAGCAGCAUCAAACAGCUGCAGCAGGAGUGUGAGCAGCUGCAGAAGAUGUACGGUAUACAUAUGGAUGAGCGGAUGCUGGAGCACACACAGCAGCAGCAUGUCAUGUACCAGCAGGAGCAUCAGCAACACAUCCUGCAGCACCAAAUACAGGACUGUAUCCAUCCCGCACAGCCGUCACCACCUCUUCAGUCAUCGACCAUGCUACCAGCCUGUGAGAUUCAGCCCGCCAUGCUUACUCACCAGCUUCAGAGAUUGCGGAUUCAGCCUUCCAGUCCCCCUCCAAAUCCAACCAGCAACCACCUGUUCCGACAGACAAACAGUAGUCCACCACCCUCCUCCAGUGCCAUGCUCCAGACUCACGGGGCCCCUACUUCCACUCAGUAUCAGGGGAUGCCAGGUCACAGUGCUAUCUACCAGCCUUCUAACAGUGGAUCCCCUCCUCCUAGCAUUACACUGCCACGCAUGAGCAUACAGCAGCAGCAGCAGAACCAGCAGCAGUCGGCUCAGCAUGUCACCAUCCAGGUGCAAGAGGCAUCCGACAUGUCAGGAGCUGCGCGGGGCGUUCCAAUCAGUCCUUGUGCCAAUCACAUACAGAUGCAGCAGCGGGCAUCACUCAUGGCUUCAUUGGGCAGUUACACCCACCGGCCGCUGUCCAAGCAACUGAGUGCUGACAGCGCUGAGGUGCACAGCGUGAAUAUGGGGCGCUUCUCCCCCUCCACAAACUAUGACCAGUCCCACCUCCACCCUCACGUAUUUUCUGAUCAGGCACGGCCUCCCGCCACAGGAUACGCUACCCAAGGAAGUGCAGGAUACAACCCGCCUGGUGCCACUGGUUAUCCUCAAGCUUUGAAAGUCCCACAAAUAGAGCAGUACCCUCCGUUCUCUGCAACCCAACAGAAUUACCCCACAUCGGUGCUGCAGCAGGCCUUGCUCUCGCCCACACCCAGCACAUAUACCAGGCAUCACCAGCAAUUGCCACACAUGCUUCAGGGCCUGCUCUCCCCACGGCACUCCCUGACCGGCCACACGGACGCACGCUUGCCCCCCGCUGACUUCAUGCAGCUUAUUAAACAGCACCAGCAACAGCAGCAGGAACUGAAUGAACUGUUCAACCAGCACCUGAAUCAAGGAGAUGCAGGUAACCUUUCCUACCAGAGUCCCUCUGAACCCUACCACCAUCUCCUCCAGAUUCGAGCACAAGAAUGUAUGCAGCAAGCAACACCUGUUCCCCCACCACCCAGAUACCACCCAUCUAUGCUGCAUUCAGAGAGCAUGGAGGAGGACUGUUCUGGCGAAGGACACAGAAUGGGUGAGGGAGAUCCUGUCAGAGGCUUGAGCAAACCCCAGCAGGAGACUAGACAUGGGGACACGGAAUCUCAUCUAGGGACACUGAGGGAGCAAGAUUUGGGUACGCAGCAGUAUCAGCCGCAGACCUCGUAUAGCAGGACCAAGCCUACCAGCAGAGAACCAAGACCUUCGGUGAACUGCAUGGACAGGGUUUCCCCUCCUAACGUCAUGGAAGUUCCAGACCACAAUGGUGUCCCUUACCCUCCCAGGACGUCCCCGAGUGACCAUGCCCGGACCCGGAUGCUGCAGCGGCACCACACCAUCCAAACCAGUGAUGACGCUUAUGUGCAGCUGGACAAUCUGGCUGGUAUGAGCCUAAUGGCCGGUAAAGCUCUCAGCUCUGCUCGCAUGUCUGACGCCGUUCUGAGCCACUCGUCACUCAUGGGAAGCCAGCAACAGCUCCAGGAUGGGGAGAGUGAAGAUUGUGAGAGGACUCCUGAAGAGACAGAUCUAUCUGUGAUAGGAGACAGUGGGCAGCACCUUACCACCUCUUGCUAUCCCGCUACCAUGCUGCUGGGGUACAAACACACUGAUCUGAACUUCAGCAUGGAGCAGGCAGGAGUGUGAACAGAGGUUUCUUUCAAGAAACAGAGGGUCCCAUCUUUUGAAAACCAACAGUAUCUGCAGCUUUAGCGCCAAAUUUCAUCUGUAUUCCUUCCCCAAACUGACUCUCCAUGCCCCACAUCAUCACAGACUGAUUCUGGGAACGCCCCUUCAUUUUAAUUUUACCAUUUAAUUGUUUUAACUCAUCCUCUGCUCUGGAGGUUGGGCCUUCAUGACGAAGGGCAGGAAUUUGUUGUGGGGAGACUACACCCCACUGUUAUUCAAAGAGAAGUCUGUGAACUUGCCGCACUUGCAGGCAGUGGCAGGGAAAAAGGAGGAGGGAUUUUGUUCCAAGGCGCUGUGAGGAAGGGUAGCAUCAGCGUGGGGUGGGGGAAUAUGUGGUGACUGAAAUAUAGACACACCAGCAAAGAAUCCUAUAUAGACCUCUGGCACCUAUUGUGGCAGGAGAAGACUGCAGCCUCACAGUAGGAGUGGCUAGCGCCCAUGCAGGGACACAGGAUACACAGGCACCUGUGGGUGACCAGUGCAUAGAUGACUGGUGUCCAAGGGUGGGCUGGCAGGAGUGGCUAGUGCCUGGGGUGAAGUGUUAUAGAAGGGUUUAUCAUCUGACAGCAGAUGUCCCACACUCUACAGUACAUUAGCAUUUCAUUUCUGUUCAUGUUUACAGAGUUGAUUACGGUCCACUGGACAGUGGUCAUGAAUGUAACCUAUGACCUCUACCAAGCUCCAGUUUUCAUGAAUUGCACUAUUUUAUUUUACUAGGAUAGCAUAGGGCAUGUAGUUCCGUGUGUCCUUAAAAUGUAAAAAGCCAAAGAAAAUACAAACAUUUACACCCCCUUCCUUAUUGUGAAGGAAAAAUGGGACUGGAAAUAUGUGCCAUUUUAAGAUAAAUAUAUAUAUAUAUAUAUAUAUAUAUAUUAGGUUUGUUUUUUUGCUGUAUUCUCAUAUAGAAGGCGUUAGGUGGACAGCAAACUCUGUUCCUCCAGUCUAGAAUAUUUUAUACUUUAUAGAGCUUAUUUCUUGGCUCGUUUUUAGGAGACUCGCCAAUGUAAGAUUCUGAUCUUCAGAAUCAUGCAUAUCUGUACGCAUGAAUGCCUGAUACCUGGAGAUGCCGAUCUGUAGGUUAGUGAUACUCCUGCCUUUCCAGUUGGCGCUGACGCAAUUUACUGUAGGAUCAUUAUUGUAAGUACAGUAUAGCGAGUGCAGGAAGGUUUUCAUGGGUACACACACUGCGCCUGAAACAGGCUUGUACCGGGGUGCCUACAUCACACUACAUAAAUGCAUGGGGGCAGUGUGUGUAUUACAUAAACGGGGCACAGUGUCCCUUAUGGUAGUACCAUGAUUGCACAUGACAAAGCUGCUGUAAGUAUCCACUUCCAUGCCAAGAUGUGCCAUACCAGUUGUCUGCACUUCACCUAGUGUAGUGAGGCUAUGAAAAAUAUUAUAUUAUAUAUACAUAUGAUAGAAUUAAUUGUGCCUGUAUCGUGAGCUGGGUAGAGAUUUAGGAUAACCAUACACCCUGGGUUCCAGCUCCUCCUGCCCACCCACCCUCAGUGACACAGAUCCCGCAGCAGUGCCCAAGAGGCCCUUGGGAGAUUAGGCCUGGUGCAAUAUGCUACUUAUUUUACAUAUGAUUAUUUUUAUUAUUAUUUUAGUGUUUUGUCUUUCAUUCAUCAUGAUCAGAAUUAACCCUGCGUGUGCCAGGAGUGCAUCAUCUCCAGAUGGCAGUGAGAGGGUUUUAAGUGCGAUCCUAAAGUGUUCCAUGUAACGUAUGUGUGGGGACUGUGUACAUAAGUGUGUGUAUAUAAAUGCCUGUGUGUAUGGAUGUAUAUAUAGUGAGUGUAUGUGUGUGUAUAUAAAGACCGUUGUUCCUAGAGAUCAGUAACUGUCAUCCGUUCGGGUGUCUGUAACCAUAACCCUAUUUUGCAUUUGUGACGAUUCGCUUAUGUAUGUCUUCUCAUACGAGAUGAGUAACCUGUAAUUGGAAGCAGUCAUUAAGGGACUGUGGGUGCACCUGGCCUGUUUCAAGAUUUAUUUUUUUAGGGGAAGUCUGUGCGUAUUUGUAUUUUUGACAAAUAUGAUCUUGUGUGCUUAAGUGUAGCAAUGGCCCAUUGCUUACUGGGGAAGAGCCACAAGAGGUACAGCCAUAAAACCAGUUCAAAUUUUAUUGAAUGCAAACAAGACCUUGUCCUGCACUAUAACCUUACACAGUCUAUAUCUCUGCUUAUUCAUCACAUGCACUAAGGUUUCUCAUCCCCAUUAAUUCUUCCCUUCCCUGCCACAUUCAUGUCCUAGCACUUGGCUCUGCUUAUACCAACAUAUCUUUUAUACAAGCAAUGUAUAUCAAGCUGGCUGCUUUGUUUUUGCUGACCUAGUCAUUUUCCCUUCUUGUAUUGCUGCUAUGUUUCCACCGCUCACACUACUCAUUCCUGUCCGCAUAAGCUGUUCUUUUCCUACCUGGAAGAACAGAAGGAAGUUUUGCAGUACUGCCCUUUCUAUCCCAUAUCAGAGUGACAUGGGCAGAGGGCCGCAGGGUUAUAGAAUGUGUUGCAUCCAGCACAUUUUCUGCUUACUGGUAUGUGUACGUCUAUGUCAUAGGAAGUUGUUUAUGCAGGACUACGGAGCAGCUUGUGUAGGUUGGGGGGUAGCAACGUGUCUUUAUAUACACAGGUGUGCGUGUUGUCCCUGCACUCCUCACCAGUUCAUUUCAAUUGUGGCCCAAAGAGCCUCUCUUUUCUCUUAUAAACACAAAUGUCAAAGCUUAUAAUUUUUUAUAUAUAUAUAUAUAUAUAUAUAUAUAUAUAUAAAAUAUGUCUCUAAGUGUGGAGACACUCUUAUAAAAGGAAAUGAGUAAGGAAACAUUAAUCUAGUGUCUACACAUGAUAUGCAAGUGGGGGACUACUUUUUAGGGUAUGGCUGCUAUCUUGGGUGCAACUCUUUAUUUUCUAAUUGGUAAGGUAGUCAUGUGACAUUUCAAACAGACACAGAAUUAUAUAAGAAAAACAACGGUGGUCUUCAUUUUAACAUAUCUUAAUUAAUUUUUGAGUUUUAACUGAGUUUUCUUGCGGGCACUGUUUGUUAAAACUCAAGAAUGAAUAACGAUACGUUAGAAUAAAGACCACCAUUGGUUUUCUUAUGAAAUUCUGCAUCUGUUUGAUAUGUCACAUGACUACCAUUUCUAAUUAAAAAAAAAUUAGAGUUGCAUCCAAGAUGGCCACCAUACAGGUGACAUACCCCAAAAAGUUUUCCCCCACUCCCAUAUCAUGUGUAGACAAUGGAUUAAUAGGUUCUUACUCAUUUCCUCUUUUUAAGGGUGUUUACACACUUAUGGACAAAGGGUGUUUCCACACUUAUGUACCACCCUGUAUAUUCAUGAGAAAGAAGUAAAAAUUAAUCAACACCUCUGACGUAAAAUGUUUUCUUUUCUCUUCCUGUUUUUAUUUUCAUAGUUCAUCUUUCUUGUCUACCUACAUGUUGUUAUAUAAAUGUUGUUGUUAUUAUUCAUAAUAAAAAAAACAAACAAACCAAA